AUGGAGAGAACCCAGAAGAAAUCGAAACGUCCGGCUGGGGUGGCAGCGGAAGUCAACUCCGACGGCGCAUCAUCUGCAAGGCCUCUUGAGGUGUCUAUCAAGCAACUGCCGAGGUCACAGCAAGCCGCAUCCCUCGUCGACAUUCAAAACACGUUGCUGUGGCUCUGGAACCGACAGCACCAGCAACAGCAGCAACAACAAGAGGAGCAAGAUGGGCCUGUUGCUGCUGGUGCUCCUCAAAAGCCUCCAUGGUUAAAUAUCCACAACAGCCGCAACUUGGGUUCUGUAUUGGUUGUCAUGAUUCCUUACUUAGACGCCAGCCUCUUGCGGACCUACUGCAACAGCAGCACCGGCGAUCUCCUGCUGCCCCCCUGCAGCAGUAUCCACACCACGACACCUUCGUCUGCAACGCAGCAUGAGCAACAGCGCUGCUUUAGCAGAGUCAGGGCUGCCAGCGUUCUUAGCAUGGCCGCACGGGAGAAGAUUCGUGUGCGGCCUCCGAUGAUGGCUGUCUUCCCACACUGCGGCAUCGUGCAGGGUUUAUUAUUUGUCCCUUCGACCCCCACUUCCUUCAGAGGAACUCCACUUCGGAGUGGUCGCUGUUCUGCAGGUGCAGAAGAUGUGUCUCUCUCCAGGUAUUUGCUGACUGAGGAGGAAAUGAGCGCAAGAGGAUUUCCUGGCUACGAGUUGGACUCUGUGGGGACUUAUUUUAAGUAUACGUCUUUAGAAGACGCCAAAAGCCGAGCUAUUGAACCGAGGUUGAGUUUGCUGUUCGGUGUAGACUGUGAAAUGGUGGAGACAAAGCACGGAAAGGAAUUGGGCCGUGUGUGCAUCGUCGACAGGGACCUACGCGUUUUGAUUGACGAGUUGGUGCAGCCAUCCGCUCCUGUCCUAGACUACCUAACGCAAUAUUCGGGAUUGACAGAAAAAAAGAUGCAGCAGGCGACGCUGUCUCUGCGGGACGUGCACGCGAUGAUGAGCCGGCUGCUGCCUCCUGGGUUUAUUCUGGUGGGCCAUUCGCUGGAGUAUGACUUGCGCGCUCUUCGGCUUGUGCACUCGCGGUGUAUAGACACCUCUCUGCUGUACCCACACCCGCGCGUGGGUUUGAGUUUCUCUCUGAAGCGGCUAGUACAAGUGUAUUUGAAGAGAGAGAUGAAGAGAGUCCAUGGACACGACCCUCAGGAAGAUGCUCAAAUGGCACUGCUGCUGGCACUCAAAAAGAUAGACAAUGGCCCUGGGUUCGCAGUGCCAAACACGCGAUUUGCACAGCUCGCUUCUGUCAUGCAUACUAGGUUGAAAAACAAUGGAAAUGCAGCAGUUGGAGAAACACCAAUCAAGAGAAAGGUACCAGGCAAUGUGGAAGAAGGGGAAAGUACACAAGGAAUGGAAGAAACUGAAAAGAUCAAUCAAGAAGAACGCUGCUGCUGCAACAAUGCAUUCUUCCUAGUCGAUUCGUUUCAGCACAAAGGCAUCGCUGCUUCUGAAAACGUAUCUGUCAUCGAUGGUUUGCACGACGACAGCGCUGUGGUUAGCGCAUGCAAGGAAUUGUUGAAGGGCCGGCAUGCCUCUUGCAGCUGCCGUUCAGAUUCUUCUCAGGCCACAUACGGCCCAUCAUGCAAACAACAGGCUGGAGGGGGUGGAAGGAAUAAGCCGCUGUGGGGUGUAUGCGUAUUGAGGGGGCUUCAGCGACUCUGCAGUGGUGCGCUUCAUACACCUGACGAUCAGCUGUACGCGUUCAGACACCGGGCUCGCACUUUGUUGGCGGCCGAGAAGGCACUACUGAAGCAGCAGGUGCAGCUCCAGCAGAAAGGAACAGAAGGAGGAGGAGCAGCAUCUGUUGCUUCUACUGUUUGCAGUACAGCAGCCACUGUGGCAUCUGAAACACCAAAUGAAGAAAACGAGGACACUAGAAGCCAAAGCGAUGAUCACUCAGACAACAAAGAUGAUGCAGCGGAGGCAGAAAGCUGCAGCAUAAACCUGGUGCGAAUCUGGGUGAUGCAGAAAUAUACCACUUGUCAGCGUGUUCGCUGGCUAUAA